AUGACGAAAAGAAAGGAAGAGAAAUCAGAAGGUCUAGAAAUCGUAUCAAUCGGAAAAAUCUAUUCUGGUCCGUGGGAUAAGAAGUAUUGGAGCUCAUCUCGGGGUAAGGACAGGUGUCCUUAUCCUAUUGGAUACAAGAUCUCGCGAACUCUGAAUGGGGUUACCUAUAAAAUGGAAAUUCUUGAAGGUCUUAAAGGUCCAUUGUUUAUGAUCAUGUCUAGUGAUGGGAAAUCAUGCUCUGGACAAACUCCAGAUAUUGCAUUGGAGAGCUUUCAGAAGAAAAGUUGUUCUCGAAUCAAGUCAUUGCAUGGGAAGAGGUUCUCAUGUAAGACAGAUGGUUUGGAGUUUUUUGGAUUCAAAAAUGCGUUUGUUCAGAGGUUACUGAGAGAAUUGGUAGCAAAUGAUGGUGGAACUGCAGGACAGAGUUCUUCAACAUCUAACUCCCGUAUUGAAGCUUCUGAUACAGUACACGAAAUACAAUGUACAGAACCAAGAAAACAUCCUGAUUUGCUGCCAAACUCGGAAAAGCCACGGGUUACAGGGAAGGGAAGUAGUAAGGGCAAAAAUAUUAAAGUUAAGCCUCUCAUUGAGGCAAAUUUUGAACAACAUCAGCCUCAAAAUUGUAUGCAGAAUGCUGAAGCUUCAAAUACUAGACAAAGGGAUCAGAGAAAUCAUGAUAAUGACAAUCCUUUGACUUUUGCUGCUUCAAAUAAAGUCUGUGGCAUUAGUAAUAGUUCAGAAGUUACAACAGGACCUAACUCUGAAUCCGUGGUAGAGAAUGAAAAAUGUCUGUUUUCAGCAGAAAGAGGACUGCAGUCACAUUCUACGGAUAUUUCUGAUCACUUUAAAUUAGGAGAUCUCCUCCCCCAAGAAACAGAGCUUAUUAAUUCUGAAAACCAUUUGAGCAAAAUGGCAGUUGACGUGCCAGAAGGCAAAGAACUUCCAAAUUUGACAACAAUUACUGAGGUUCAAGAGUUCAAUAACUCAAUACCGGAAAAUGAGGAUGGUGUAACACUAGUUCAGCAUGACAAGCCAAUAUUCAAUACCGAUUUUUGUGCACCUGACACAUUUGAUAUCGCAGGAGACAGUUUUUCUUACUCUGAUCCAAACGAACACAUGAAAGUUAAUUGCAAUGCCAGAGAUGACACAAUUGCCACGGAUGUAGCGAUUUCUGAGGUUUUGGUAACUGAUUCACUUCCGGAAGAUGAAACAGGAACUUCAAAUGCAAGCUCUGAAAAGAGUGAUAUUGAUUCAGUUGGUCAAGAAAUAGCAAAGUCAAUGAUGACUGUUCUUCUCCCCCGAGCACUUCCUUUGCUGAAGACAUUCUCAAGAAAGAAAAAGAAGAGCACGACACCUUCAGAAAUGCCUCUCUAUAUGCAGAAGGAAAAUAAUACAUCUGUUGGUUUUGUCAGAGAGCACAUCAAAAACUCAAAUUUGGAAAGAGCCUGUACAGGCUAUGAUUCAAUUGUCUCAACUUCUGGAAUCACUGAAUCUGUAGUUCCUGAUAGUUUUGAUAACGAUGAAAGUAGAUGUACUUCCAUCAAUCAGCAUAAUUUGUUUCCAGAUACUGCAAAAGAAGAAGACUCACCAGUUCGGCCUAUUGCAGUGAGAGAUCACGAGAUAAAUAUGCAUUCUCAAUUGCAGAUGGCUGUAAAUGAGGAGCCUCAAGAAGACAUUAGCACAACUGGUUCUAACUUAAUGGGCAAAAUUAGUAGUUCUAUUCGACCUCCAGCAGAGGAAAUCAAUGUCAACUCCAAGCGAGCCAGGGUUUGCCGUAAGUCCAUGAUCGAAGCACCUACCUCUGCUGCACCACAAAUGAGAUGCGCCCCUUUCACUGAACAUACAUUAUGUAGAGACUUCAAAAAUGUUAGUUCUACGGAGAAAUCGGAAGCUAGUUUUGCCAAAAAGUUUCACAGUGCAAAUUUCGCUGACUUUGAUAAUUCAUUUUCAUUACUGCAAAUCCCGAGUACUAGUUGUCGCAACGUCGUUAGUGAAAACAAGGAAAUGAAAGAUGAUCCAAGGUCAAAUUUUCAGGGGGACGUGAAUUUAAAUGACAAGCCACAGGGUCUUCUCAAACGCGUUGCAUGCUAUAACCACCCUAUGCCAAUUUCAAUGGUGCUGCUGACUGUAAAAGAGAAUGAAAUAUACAUAUGUGUUAUAUGUGGCUCGCUGGAGCAGAAGGAGAGUACCCUCUUUGUUUACAAGGCACUAAAGAAUGCAGAAAAAAUGGGGUUCCCUUCAUUUGUUGGUCACGCAUCAAUAGAAUUGCCCUCUUACAAAGAUGCCUUUGGUAGAGACAUUGCUAUAGACAGUUCUAGAUUACAGUUCUCUCCAGAUGCACAAUCUCUUGUUUUAUUAAACAGUAUAAAAACUCCUUGCUGCAGGGAGGGCAAAUUGCACUGUUCAUGUCCACACUGUACUUCCGAAUUCUCUGAAAAAAAUGCAGUAAAAAUUGUGCGAGUACAAACUGGUUAUGUUACAAUUGAGACUAUACUGAGGACAACACAAGGAGUAUGUUGUUUAUUAGUUUGUGAACCUAGUUUUCUUCUUGCUGCUGAAGAGGGUGGAAAGCUGAACCUUUGGGUCAUGAACGCUAGAUGGAGUGCCCACAAAGAGGAAAGCAACUUACCGACACUUGACUGCGUGUUUCCUUGUCUUGUGGAAUUGAAGAGAAUUCCAAAGUCAACUAUUUUGGUUGUUGGCCACAAUGGUUUUGGGGAUUUUGGUUUGUGGGAUAUUGAUAAACGAAUCCUGGUUUCAAAGUUCUCUGCCCGUGGCACUUUUAUUCACUGUGUUCCAGUUGGCAUGUUUAGAUGGCAAAGUAAAGGAGAGCAUAACAGUAAGAAACUCACUGAUGAAAUCAUGAUACGUUGUUUUUACACCAAAAGUCCAAUGGGCGAAAACCAUAUUCUUCCAGUGCAGAAUAAAGAUAUGGCCGUCUGGCUUCUAAUCUCUACUCUCUCAGAUACAAAUUCUCAAUGUUGUCAAUCAAGUGGCGGUGGGCAAACAAACCUAGCUAGAUGUUGGAGGCUGGCUUUAUUGGUGAAGAACAUGGUGAUCAUGGGAAGAACUUUAGACACGGGGAUUGCUGCAGUUGCAACUGUUCGUGGAAUUUUUGGUAGAUGUGAUGGACUGGUCUACACGUGGGAUUUAUCUACAGGAAAUAUGCUUGAAAACUUGCAUCACUUCAAAGGUACCAGAGUGUCUUGUAUUUCCACCGACAACACAGAUUCUGGUGCUUUAGCUAUAGCUAGUGAAGGUCAAUUGCUGGUUUAUGUGCGAUCUUGA